AUGGUGAGAGCCUCUGCUCUAAAACCCAGCAGCAAAUUUUUCCUGAGAAAACACAGGAAAUGGCCAGUCUCACCCCACAACACCAAAUGGCACCAAACCUUCAAUCAAAACCAGGCCUUUCAAAGCCUCAAAAAAUCAUCACCGCCUCAAAACCAACCCCAACAUCUUCUCUCCACACUCAUUUACUCCUUCAACAGCUAUAACUGUGAACCAAACCCUGAAGCGUACAACUUUGUCAUCAAAACCCUGACCAAAACCUCCCAAUUCAACGACAUCGCUUCAGUUCUUGACCGCCUUGAAUCCGUCGAGAAAUUCAACACACCCGAAUACAUUUUCGCCCAUCUCAUUAGUUUUUAUGGCCAAGCUAAGACAACCCAGGACGCCAUUGAUCUUUUUUACAGGAUUCCAAAGUUCAGGUGCGUCCCUUCUGCUCACUCGCUCAACUCCUUGCUGUAUGUGCUUUGUGGGUCUAGGGAAGGUCUUAAAAUGGUGCCUGAGAUUUUGCUGAGGAGCCAUAUUAUGAGCAUCCGGCUCGAAGAAUCGAGUUUUCAGAUUUUAGUCAAUUCUCUGUGUGGAAUUGGGAAGGUUGGAUAUGCCAUUGAGAUAAUGAAUUGUAUGAUCAGUUAUGGGUAUGGUUUGAAUGUAAAGAUGUGCUCUUUGAUAUUGUCAUCACUUUGUGAACAAAAAGAUUCAUCUGGUUUUGAGGUGCUGCGUUUUGUAGAAGAAAUGAAGAAACUUGGGUUUUGUCCUGGUAUGAUGGACUAUUCAAAUGUGAUUAGGUAUAUGGUGAAACAGGGGAGGGGUUUGGAUGCUUUGAAUGUUUUGGUUAAGAUGAAAGUGGAGGGAAUUAAGCCUGACAUUGUUUGCUAUACCAUGGUCUUACAUGGUGUCAUUGCCAAAGGCGAUUACAAGAACGCCGAUGAGCUGUUUGAUGAAUUGCUUCUGUUGGGUUUGGUUCCUGAUGUUUAUACUUACAAUGUGUAUGUAAAUGGAUUGUGUAAGCAAAAUAAGGUGAAAGAUGGAUUAAAGAUGAUUUCUUCCAUGGAAGAGUUGGGGUGCAAGCCUAAUUUGAUUACUUAUAACAUUUUAUUGAAGGGUUUAUGCAAUAAUGGUGAGCUUAGUAGAGCCAGAGAGCUUGUGAGUGAGAUGACAUUAAAGGGUAUUGGGGUUAACUUGCAGACACAUAGGAUUAUGCUGGAUGGUCUGUUUGGCCAAGGAGAUAUUGAUGAAGCUUGCAUCUUUAUGGACGAAAUGUUAGAUAAGUUUCUCUGUCGUUUUUGUUCCAGCUUUGAUGAGGUAAUUUAUGGGUUGUGCCGAAAGGGUUCGGUUUGUAAAGCAAUGGAAUUGCUGAAGAAAAUGGUUGACAAGAAUGUUGCGCCUGGAGCAAAGGCUUGGGAAGCACUACUUCUUAGCUCAGGAUCUGAACCUGGUUUUGCUGAGACUACCUGGACUGAUUUGGUGAACCCAAGUUAA